AAGGAAAGGGCAGAGCAAGAGAGAGAAGCAGCUCCUUUACUCUGAGAAAGCAGCCAGCUGAUCACACAAGAGGCAGAAUGAAAGCCUUCCUCCUCACCAUUGCUGCAGUGCAGAUUCUCCACUGCUCAGGAAUACCGAGCCCUAAGGAUGCUCUGAGAGCAUCAGUUAUAAAACUGAACGAAAUCACCGAGACCAGCAAUCUGUGUGGGAUAACCAGGAGAAGGGUGAAGAAUAUUCAACACACAGGGAAAUUGUCAUACAAUGUGGACUUAACAUUCUCCGUGAAAGAAACCGUCUGCUCCAAAAAUUCUGGACUGGAAUUUGAUGAUCCCAGCUGUCACUUCCGUCUCAGAAAGGCUGCUGAGAGAGGUUUGUGCAAAAGCCAUGUUGCAUAUUUUGCUGAUGAGGUUGUCGACAUUGAUGUAGAGUGUCGAGGGUUGAAGACAGUUGACAGCAACAGUGACUCAUCAGAAUCGAGUGAAAACAGUGUAGAGGUCAAAACCCAGCCAAAACCCAUGUCAAUUGAGGAAUCACCAAAGGUAAAAAGCGAGUCAACAGAACUAUCUCUUGAGGACUCUCCAGAUUUAUUACAGAUGAAAAGCGAAUCAACAGAAACGUCAAUUGAGGAGUCUCUCAAUGUGAGAAGCAAGUCAUCAGAAACAUCGCUCGAUACAUCUUCAAAUGAAUACCAUGAAGAUUCAAGAUCCCGACACUAACCAGGAAUGAAACUUCUAUAAAGUUGAGCUUGAUGUGAACGCAAAGCCUCAUUCUGAUUAAAGAAGAUGUAUCAAUUGGACUUUAUUUUUUCAUACAUAAGGAUGAGGGGACCUGGGGUUCCUGACUGUACAUUUUACUGUAACUGGGAGAUUUUAUAAUUUGUAAAUGUUCUGUCCUUCGGUGCAUGUUGUUAUCUUGUGUUCUGUGGAUCACAUUAAAAUGUA